CGCUGGGGAGAGCGGCGUGAGAGGGGGGGUAUCUGGAACUGGGCAUGGCUUCGGAUGAAUUGGCGGCGAAGCUGCAGCGGCGCCUGGACAUCGGGGACCAGCAGCCAGGCUCGGAGCCCAAGUGCGGCUCAGGCUAUGAACAAGGCGCCGAGGAGAAGCCGGCGACCGCAGCGGCGGACAAUGAGCUCUCGGCCAAGCUGCUCCGCCGCGGGGAGCUGAACGAUGGCUCCGCCGAGCCACAGCAGCCGAGCCUCCGCGUCAUUAACCCGUACACGGAGUUCAAGGAGUUUUCCCGCAAGCAGAUCCGAGACAUGGAGGGCAUGUUCCGGCGGUAUGAUGCCGGCAAAGAUGGAUUCAUCGACUUGAUGGAACUGAAGUUAAUGAUGGAGAAACUGGAGGCUCCACAAACUCACCUCAGUCUGAAGAAUAUGAUCAAGGAGGUGGAUGAAGAUUUUGAUGGAAAACUCAGCUUCCGGGAGUUCCUGCUGAUUUUCCGGAAGGCAGCUGCAGGAGAGUUAGCUGAAGACAGUGGCUUGCACGUUCUGGCCCAGUUAUCUGAGAUCAAUGUCUCCACUGAGGGUGUGAAAGGAGCUAAAACCUUCUUUGAAGCCAAAGUUCAGGCAAUCAACAGCGCAAACCGAUUUGAGCAAGAGAUCAAGGAGGAACAGGAGGAGAAGAAGAAACAGGCUGAGCAGAAAAAGCAGAAGCAAGCGGCCUUCAAAGAAUUACAGUCAGCAUUCAAGUGAAGGCCGCAAUCCUGCCAGCUGGCAACGUACAGCUGGGAAAGGAGAAGGAUCCAGAUUCUAAACCUGUCAAAUCUUCACAAAGGCAGAGAAAACUAACUACUUUUAUUUUUAAUGAAUGGGGCAUAGGGAGGGGGGAGGGUUUUGUGGGGAGCAGCUGGAGUACACUUGAGGUAAUCCUCCGCAAUGACCAACUGAACAGGAUUGAGUGAUCUCUCAAUCAUUUCCCGCUCUGUCCUCAGGAUCCUACUCCACCAGCAAAAGAUGGGGUGCUGGCUGAAUGGGGGUAUGGGGCAUGCUGCUGUAUGGGAAGAUCCCAACCUGUGCUUUUUUUAAAAUUGCACUGAGGUAUUGGCCUGUUGCUUUCCUCCUGCUACUGAUCUUUGACAGCAUUUUUUCCGAUGGUGGAUGUGGGAUGUAAGGGGGAUGAAGUGCAUCGGUUGGAGGUCCGAGUUCACAUUUUAAAAGGAACACCUUGCUUGGCACAUUCACCGGUUCCUGUUUCGCCUGUUUUUGGAAUGGGGGAGAAUGGGGCUGUACCAAUUUUAUCCUCAAUGCUGCCCACUCCACAGACAGGCCUAGGGAAGAGGCUCAUCCAGGAAGCCAAGUUGAUUCCUGCUCCCCGCACAAAGACUGGCAUACCCCCUCAGAGGCUGAGGGGACAUUUCUAGCUACAUCCACCUGACGGGGACAAUCAAAAGGAAGUGGUCAAGCACAGUGGUCCUGAGAUCCACUCAGUUGUUUGUGAUACUUUUACACUGAAGGCCAUAACGUAAGGAUCCCUUGAACCAGGCUUGAAUUUUUGUUCAAAACAGCAGACCUCUUGCGAAAUCUGCAUUUUAAAACUGCUGGUAGGGGAGUGGUGUAGGAGGAUCAAAGAUAAACAGUUGGCAAUAACUUUAACCGCUUGGGGAUUAGGUUUUACACAAAGGAUCCUUCUUCAUGUUAGUUUACUGAUUUACUCUGGGAUUGGCUCCAAGGUUCCAGGCAAGGUAAGAGUUUAUUUCCUUGUUGCAACUGCAAGUUGGGGGCGAGUUCUUUUCGUCCCUGACACUUCCUUAGUGACUGGGUCUGCGUGUCCUGGCAGUUAGCACUAUUCUCGAAUGGAUUGUGCCCCUUUCACGUGACCCUGGUCUGGUGUGGAGCUUGUCUCAAGGCUCCAGACAUGUCUCAGUUGCAUCCACCAUGAGGCCUUGCUUCCUGUAACUCACGACCCCCUUUCCUCAACCCCUGGCCCCCGCUCUCAUCACCUCACUCGUUAGUAAGAGCAGGCUCUCAGGUUGAGGCCAGUGGUUUUAGUCCUUUACACUGUUCAAAACAAACUUUAUUUUUUUUAACCUCAAGAUCAAACCAUCAGAAAUUAGUAGCCCAAGGGGGAACUGUUUAACUGAUCUGCAUUCAGUGCCACAGUUGUACCUUUUGGGGAGGGGGCAGGAGCAAGGGUCCUACUGAUCCACAGUAACAGCUGAUUCUCAACACGAGGAGGCCUCCAAGACCCCAGGAGACCCUGGGCAGGACCCGAAUUCCCUCUAGAUUCCUGAUUAUUGGGUGAGGAGGCGGGAGCAGAUAGAGGCAAUAGGGUGGCUCAGCGGUUAGCACUGCUGCCUCACAGCGCCAAGGAUCCAGGUUCAAUUCCACCCCCGGGCGACUGUCUGUGUGGAGUUUGUACAUUCUCCCCAUGUCCAUGUGGGUUUCCUCCCACUGCCCAGUGCAUGUUGGUUGGAUUGGCCAUGCUAAAUUGCCCAUAGUGUCCAGGGAUGUGCAGGCUGGGUGGAUUAGCCAUGGGAAAUGCAGGGUUAUAGGGAUAGGGUAGGGGUGUGGGUUUGGAUGGAAUACUGUUGGGAGGGUCGUUAUGGACUUGAUGGACCAAAUGGGCUCUUCUGAAGGGAUUCUAUGAUUCAACGUUGACUCCCACUGGAGUUCAAUACCCAGCAGUACUGUGGGGGUGCUGUUGGAGGGUCAGGGUAUGUGAGGUCUCAAGCUUGCUGCUGAUGGUCAUUGAUCACAAACAUUGAUAAGUCUCAGGUCACCGUUCACAUCAGGGGCUGUAGAAAUGGAGUUCCAUUUUAGCAAUAACAUUCCUUUGUGAUUAGCAUUUUCAGAUGGAAUUACUGACCAGUUCCCUUUCCGGGCUCUUGUUUGUGGCAAAUGAAGGCAGACAACACAAUCAGCACCCUUAAUGUAAAGCCAUCCUCUUAAGCUCUCUGUAUAUAAUGCGUAGGUGUCGAGCAGUAAGGAAUACAUGGGUCUGGGAGGCCACUCUAAUGUUUCAGGGGUAUGCGCUCUCUCUCUCUCUCUCUCUCUCUCUCUCUCGAGUAUUAUCACUGUGAUGAGUGUACCGAUGAGCUGUGCAAUAUGUGAACACAAUCAGUCAGGGGGAUCUCUAGUCUGUGUUGUGUCUUCCUUCCCACUCUCGUGAGCAGUGUAGUGACUGCUUGAGGUUAGUCCCUGCUUUUCUGACCACCCUCACCCCUGUACGACAAAAUGGGAACCUGGUUCUCUAAACUGCCAGAACACUGAGUCGACAGUGUCUUUACCCUUAUAGGUGUCUGGCUAGUUCCUGUUCAAGCCCCCUUUCCUGCUCUGGUCUCCUCAAACAGAACACAGGACUGACUAUUGCUUUUUGUACAUGCUGCUGUGAGAGAGCAGUGCUCAGCAAUGUUAAACCAUGUGGGCCUCCGGUGGCCUUUUCAGCAUGAGCCAGGAGCUGUACCACCCUGGAUCAGAUGGGAGGGCGGUGCUGAUAAAAUUACCCAGUACCAAGGGAGGCCAUUUGGCCCAUCAGAUCCGUGAUGACUGUGGAGCAUUUCACUUGGUCGUGUGGGCUGUGGUGCUUCUCACAUCAGUUCACCAUAAAAAUCCCAGGUGUGUAUUUAAAAGCAAAACUGUAGAAGUGCCUUUUGCAAGGAAGUAUGUGUUUGUGAAACGGACGCAUUGUCCUGUUCUGGAACAGAGUCUUGUUUCACUGUGACAAAGCUAUCUUGUUCCGUUUCUUAAAAAUUAAAGUUAAGAUUGGACCACAUACCAAAAACAUUAAAAAUCAAAGUCAACGAUUCAGUUAUUUCUGGUUAGAAGGGAAUAUUUCAAAUUCCUGGUUCCCAAUCAGCCUCUGCCUGUUCCCUUGGGAAUCUGGGAUUGUGAGUAUUCAGACAGCUAAUGUGGAAUAAGUCUCUGCAAAGCCCUGUUUGUUUGAAGUGCAUUGUUUGAGAUGCACCUGUUUUAUUUGUAAAGGGAAGAAGGUUUUGGUUGGUAAAUACACAGCUCAGGGUGACACUGCUUGUACGACAGGGUGAUGAAUGAGAUCAUAAGAUGCUGGAAGCCUGAAACAAAACAGGAAGUUUGGGAAACAUGCAGGGUCAGUGAGUUUCUACAAGGAGAAAUAUUCAUGGUUCAACCCUUCGUUAGAAAAGGGUUAUAUCCAAUUUUAUUUCUCCUUUCCCUGGUAUUUCCAGUAGUUUCUGUUUUUAUUUAAAUACCAAGAGAUCCUGGAUGUAUAAAGUGAGCAUAUUCCAGCUGCGGUCUCUGGGGAAAGGGCCUGAGUUCAGCCUGCAGUUGGGACUGGUUGAUACUGUCUACUCUGCUGUAACUCUACUGCAUAGUUGACUUUGGGACUGAUCCCUGUCUUGUUCACUGUCAUAUUAAUCUAUCAUGCUGAACGCUGUGUUGUGUGAGAUGUCAGUUUUUGUGUUAUGAAGACAGUCACAGAGCAGGAACUAAUCUUCUCAGGCCCUCUGCGUGAGACCUUCAGUUUGUGUUUAUGAACUGGGGGAUUGGGGAUUUGCUUAGCUUUUGAGCCUGGGUCUGGCUCAUUCCUACUCUAGGGGAAUGCCAUUAACUCUUCGACAGCUCUGUUAUAUUUUGUUCUCCUUAUUUACAUGUGCACGGUACAGCUCAGAGUCACUCCCCUGAACUGAGGAAGUUCUAAAUCCCUGGUUAUAUUUUUUCCCCUGUCCCCACACUACUGCUGAACAGUACCCCCCACCCCGUUCCGACAGCAUUCAUGGUGUGUCUGUGUGUGUGUAAGUGCAGUGACGCUCAGUGAAGACACCAUUGUGCAAAUAAUUUUAUUCAAUGCUUCCACCAUCAGGAAAAACACCCUGUGACCAGGGAACCAGUGACAAGCAAAGUCCAAUAAAGACAAUGCUGAUAGCUCUGUUUUAUGAUGUCUCAGCAGCCUGUGUGUCACCUCAUGGGUUUCUGCGAUCAACUUCACAUUGUCAUCUGUGGGAACUGCCUUCCAGAGCCUUGGCUACUGAUGUACACUCUCUGCCCCAGCAUCACCAAUACUCCCCAUUGAUACCUGCAAUAGCGCUUCGUCACUUCUCACUGAACUGUUCUGUGUCUGUCUCCACUCUUCAGUGUCUUGGUUGUGACGUGGUUUGGAGUUACUGAUGAGUUCCAGCCACAGCCUGCCUUGAGAUGGUGUGUGGUAGGCUUUACCUACACCUUGAGGUGUUUUCUCCUUGCCCUUAAGUUGCAUCUGUCUUUGCAUGAUUGACUUGCACUGUAUCUGGACUUGGGAGGACAGGGAGUGUUUUUAGGCUCAGUAUGUUUCCAGCUUUCUCUGCAUGUUUGGGUCUGACUUUACGUGGAGCAUGUCGCUGUCUUAACUCUCAUUGUAUGUGUGUGUCACCAUUUGGAGAAUCUGAGUUUUCCCUAUGGAAUUUUGCUUGUGCUCUGUCCUGGAAUAGGAACUGAGUAAAGCUCCCAGAGCAGCCCAUGGCAAUGGGACAACAAAGCAGGACUUGAAGUCUGGAAGCAGAAGGGAAAAAGGAAAAGACUUGCAGGAGCCAGAGAGAAAACUGCAGCUCGCCGACUUCCUCUAGGACCAAUGAAUGAGUCUGGAUGAAGGUUCCAUUCUGACUGUUGCUGCCAUCUUUUGUACAUUUCACUUGUGUGAAUACUGAAAAAAUGCUGUAUUUUCUAUGAUGUUGUACUGUCAAUGUGUCUGAAAUUUCUUCACUCAAGAAUGAAACAGAAGUUGUGUGAAAGAAACUAUUUUUGAUUUUCUUACCAAAAAUAAUUCUAAUUAUAUAUGUUCUAAUAAAUAAAAUGCAUCUCAA